GAAGUGGAGUAGUAGGGUAGAAAAAAAAAACAUUUGACAUGGAAAACAGAAAGUAGUUUGCCAGGUGAUUUAAUAGAGAAGGUGAUAGCUGUACUUUUAGAAUUUCACUGGAUAUACCCUGUUUGCAUUCAGAAAAUUGAAGGAUCUUGUUGCUAAUUCUUAAUGUGAUGGUUUGAUGUAAAGUGCCUCUGAUCUGAAGCUACCUAAUGUGUUGCAGUAUCUCUGGAUGAAAAUAGAAACAGGCUGUAGGAUUACGUAACAGAGAUUGCAGUGUUUGGCAAAAGAUGGUGAUGGUAUACUGAAUGGGACACGCAGUGCUUGUACCAGAAAUUUUAUUCAUUUGUUGAGUGUAGGAAAUAGAUGUAAAAGCUCAAGAACUAAAGCUGUUAAAGAAGUCAGCCUGAACUGAAAAUGACAGAUAUUAAGUCAGCAGCAUUUAUGGAAUUUAGUUAGCAGAAUUUAAAGUGAGGGAUAACUAUGUGUUAAGAGAGGCAAUAAGCAGUGGAAAGAGUUUGUGAUGACCAAAACAAUAUCAAGUAAGGAAAGACCAGUAUAUGGACAGCAGUGAUAUAGUGGUUCAUUGAAUGACAACAGUGGUGUACAGUGGGUCGUUGACAGUAAUUGAAGUGGAUAGUCAGGCAAAGAAAUAAAGCUGUUGUGUUCCAAGUAAAAGAACAGGCUCUUUGGGUGAUAAGUUUAAAAGGUCUAUGAGCAGAACUAUUCACCAUGACAACAGAUGCGUUACUCUGGCAGUGUAGGCAGUCAAGAAGCCUGGAUACCAGAAAUUUACAUAUUCCGUGGAUUAAAUGAAUAAAUAUUGAAGUUGAAAAUAAUUAUCUAAAUAGUAAUUUGUGUCCCAGUUUGGGAAAAUCUAAGUUCAGAAGUAGUGAAUUUUCGAAAUAGGAUUAGAUAUAUCAUUUCCAAAAAAAAUAUCAUUUAGUGCCGGAUAGAAAAGUAUGAUAUUUAAUAUACAGCUGGAAAUAUAACGGUAAUGAUGGCUUCAGCUAAUCCUAAUACAUUUUACGCCAGGCCAGUUUACUUUGGAAAUGAACAAGACAGAUUUCGGAAAACUUCCACCAAUGAUACUGGUCAGAGAAGUUCCGUAAGACAAAAGCAAACACGUUUUGCUGACAUAGACAAUACGUCUCCACCACCCCGACCACCCCCUCCACGACCUAGCAGAGCACCAAAACAAAAGGAAAAUGGUGCUCCGCCUCAGUUGCGAAUGGAAAAUGGUAUACUGCCUCAUAAACAGUUGGAAAACGGUUUAAUGCACAGAGACAAGAAGCGUCAUUUGCCACAAACACCUCAUGAAUUUACCACCCCAGAACCAAAACCUUUAACUCGAAUAAAUGUUACUAGUCAUGACAAACUUUGGCAAAAAGAAACGGAUAAUGAACACACAGGUCCUAAAGGAGUUUUGUCUCCACCGCUUAAAUACAUAACUCCACAAACGACAGAAGAAAUGUUAAGAAACUUUGAUCCUUUAGAUUGUAUUGAUUCAACAAGUGAACAUAGCGAUUCAUCAGCAGACACAAUGAUUAUGAUGACAACUGAAGAGGAGUUAAAAAACAAAGAACGAAUAGAUCACAGUCUGAAAAAAUACACUUCGCUAAAAACUAAAAAUGAAUGUCUGGACACAAACAGAUCUAAAGCAAGUAUUCAAACAAAGAAAAAUCUUCACAUACAUUUUGCCGAUACUAAAGGUUUAGAAAAUGAGGUAACAAAUGGUCCUAUAGGUGAAAAAGAUGAAGUUAUCUAUAGUAAAGUUGUUCCUCUACAUAUUCGGACUGAUCACAAUAAUACAGGUUCAUCGCCAGAAAGUGCUGAUAGUAAAACAAACAGUAACCAUGGCAGUCCCAAUGACAGCCCAGAUGAUGGUUACGGAACAAAUUCAAGUUCUGGCACCGUGUCCUCGCCAUUUUCGUCAAGUUUCGGGUCAACUGAUUUUGAAAAUUCUUACAAUGGGAAUUGUAAGAAAGUGAUUUUACCAAAUGGUGCAAUAAAACCGAACUCAGUUCGAGAAAGCUGGGCAGUGAAAAGAAAACAAAGAAUGAUUGAAGCAUCCGACAACACUGUUCAGGAUCAGUUAAGAGAAUUAACAAUUAUUGAAGAGGAAGGGUCAGCAAAUUCACAGAGGUGUGUUACAGAUAAGGAUAAAAAUAGUUAUGGGAUGAACGUUGUGGGGAGGAGAAAUUCAAAACCAAGUGAAAAAUCAGUGCUUAAGAAUGGAAACUUACAAACUUCUCAUGACUCGUAUGUUAGGCACGAAUCUGACUCGGAACCUCCGUUUGUCAAUGUUUCUCCAAAUGACCUCCGAAGGAUUAAUAGGCAGUUGUAUGUGAUGGACAGUGAUAAAAAUGGUCAUGUAAACUCAGAACGGAGGCGAGAAAGAGUGUUACCACAAACACCAAAUGAGAUUAAUACAACAGCUGCCCGCGUGCCACCUCAUCACAAUUCAAAACAUCAUCUAUCUGGCUUUACCAGUAACUCGGAUGAUGUUUUUGUGUCUCAAACUGGAAAUCGGGACAGUUUUCCUGAUCAAAGAGGUGUAAAUAACUGGGAUGAAGAAAGUGAAAUUAGUGCUUCGGAUAGUUUAAAUAGUGGACCAUUUCUUCUCCGUGGUGGCGCGGAACAGAAGUACCGCACAGUAAGCGGUAGUGGUAAAAUCUAUGUUAGUCCUAGUGGGGAUGAAGGUUUUUAUUCAUUAAACAGGAGCAGCAGAAGCACUAGUGUAUCAAGCUUUCAACCAGUGAAUGAAGUUAGUGAAGUGACUGAAAAUGUGCCAGAGUUGGAGAAUGCUCCAAGAUCACCAUUAGAAGUGUUAAGUGAUGGUUUCUUGGAAAAAUGGAGCGAUAUGGACUUAAAUUAUCGCAAUUAUUACGGGUUUGAUGAACAAGUUGAAAAAUAUAGUAGAACUGAUUCUAAAGUGAACUACUUUCAGGAAAAGAAAAUAAACACCAUGUAUGGUCAAGACAAUUACUAUAGACCUCAAAACUAUGGAUCUGAACCUGCCCUAGCACAGGGUCAGGAUCCAAAUUCAAGUCAGGGAUCAAACAUUCAGGGAAUUUUGAGAGAUUCAAAAGACAAAAAUGGCAAUACCACCAAAUCCUCCACUCUAAAGAGUCAGAAAUCAGGAAAAGAAAAGGAAAAAGAAUCAAGUGGAUCUAAAAGUAAAUUCUUUCAGAUUUUACCUAACAUGUUUAAACCUUCAGGUAAGAAGCAUGCUGAUGAUGUAAAGGAUUCCAAAAACAAUAAGAAUAAGCAGAAGAAAUUAUUACCAGUGACUGUUGAAAAAUCUCCUGUAAAUGACGAAAAAAGUAGUUCCUUUGAAUAUGAACAAGAGGCAGAGUACAUAAAUAUGGGUGAUUUGCCUCAGUAUUGCUUAGCACAGGUUGAGUAUGAAGAAAAGUUAAGGAAAGGACAAUAUGUGUCAAUGGAGAGCUUAAGAAAAAGGCCAGUAUUUGCAAGUUCGCGGGAUAUUAAAAAGCUUUUCUCGACACAGGAUCAAUCAUUUGAUUCAAUUAAUAGUCCUGGAACGCAGAGGCAUAGUUUUCAUGCAAUGCCGCUGUCCUAUCGUCAUCAGGUGAAUACGAACCCAUCCAGCCCUGAUGACAUGCGCCCACGCGCUCAAUCAACUAGUGCAACCAUGCGUAAUCAACAAUUCAGAAACUCUGUUGAAAACCGAAUGGCCAUCGUAUCGCGUAAAAAUGCAGCUGUGAUGAAUCAGGCAAGGAAUGUGCCAAAGAAUGAAACAAACUCAGAUGGCAACCUUUCAUUUCAUUCGAAUUCAUCGAAUCAAAGACAAAGUGGCUCUAGAACUAGACUUGAUAGUGGGAGUAGUGGUGGAGAUUCAAAAUUAUCAACCCUAGUUUAAAAACUUACAUAAUAUUUUGUUAUAACAUACUUGAUUGAGAAGUUCUGUCUUUUUUCUCCAUCAUUUUCUGUUGUUGUUUUUUUUUUCUUAGAAACUUUCGCAAUUUUCAGAACAAUUAAAUAAAUAUCAGUCCAUUUAGUUUGAUUACGUCUUACAGAUUUGUCAGCAUCACCUUAUAACACAAUUUUAAAGCAGGUUAGUUUGCCCAGGGUACUUGUCUAAACUUUAAUAUUUAUUUUAUAUUUAUUAUAGUUGUGGAAUAGUUAUUAUUUACAGGUUAUUUGAUUUGUAUAAAGAUACCACACCACUAAAGCUUGUUAGAACUUUUUAUGGAAUAAGUAAGUCUUUUUUUUUUAGGUCUUAAGCAUGAAAUAGGUCUGCACACAUUCUUCUCUGGUAUUUAAUUUUAUACUAGUGCUAAACUUUCCAUGAAAAGGGACCUGGUUUUCAGAUUUUAUUUACUGUCUGAUAUAUCGGUGAUUUUGUUUCGGUUAGCAUUUUUGGACAUCUUUUGCGUCACCUUUAUUAAAACAACAGUAUGGCCUACACAAUUUAUGGAGUUAUUUGGGUAUUUUUUUUUAUAUGAACUAAUUAACUCUGUAAAUUCAAGAAAAUUGAAUAAAAGAAAUAUAUUAGUGAAAUUCUUACUGAAUGUAUGUAACACUGCUAAAAUAUGCAACUAGCUGUUCAAUAGUACAGACACAAGACCAUGCAAGUCACAUUGUAUGUAUGUGGUGGUAAAUAUUUGUAAAUUUCAAAGAGAAAAAUGGAUUUUUUUUGUUAUAUACAGAUUUUACAGGCACUGUCUGAUGUUAGCAAAGUCAUGAAAAUUACAUGCUUGAGCAAUACCUAAGUAAGAAAUAUAGUAUAAAUUUAUAUUUGUAAAAUAAUUGGAUCAAUUUUUCCACCACUAUUCGACCUGAAUCAGCCUUUCAAUCACUUUUUUUGUAAGAGAAAAGUAAUAUAAUAUAUGAAGGAAACAGUAAUUGCAUAAUGUCUCUUUAAAAAGUUAAUAAAUUGCUCUGCAAUUUCUUGCUCAUACCAAAUUAAGCUCUACUUUUUUUUUCAACGGGAUAUGUCAAGGUUUUGUAUAAACUUUUAUUACCUAAAAUUAAAGUCACAAAAUAAGAUUUAUGUAAAAGCUAUAUAUUUAAAUAUACCAAUCUUGCUAGUAUUUUUCCUCAUUCAGUUCGAUGUUUUUUUGAGUCACAGGUGUUUAAAUUUUAUUUUGGCUAUUCAGUUUCUGCCAUAUUGUGAUUUAUUUAACAUUUUUAUUAUACGUAAACAUGGAAUCAAGAAGAAAACUAGAGUUUAUUACCUAACUAUCAAUACUUAAUAACCUUUAUCCUGCUAAAUUUCAAAAAUGGACUGUUCAGUGAUUCAGUUUGGGCAGCGCUGUUUGUUUUCAGAGGAAGCAGAAAAAUACUGGCAGAAUAGCAAACAGUGCAGACCAAAUUGAUAAGCCUGCAAAGGCGGAAUCACUUGCUGCCAGUAGGCUAAUUUUUAAAGAAAUACAUGCAUUACCUCUCAUCAUAUUUUGGAAAAAUGAAGUGCAAUAUGAUAGAACUUUUUCAGUUAUUUAAAGUUUUAGAAAAGAUGCACACACUUCCAUAAAUCUCAAAAUUUUACGAACUUUAGUAAUUUGCUAAUUUAAUUCUAAAAGAAUUAUUAACUUUUUUGGUGUGGGGGGUGGGUGGAGGUAAGUUAUACUUAUAAAAUGGAAGAACAUUCACCAUUGAUUAAUAUUCUAAAAAAAUAAUUUUUUAGUUCUUUUUUUUUUUAAAUGAUCAAUGCAAAUAACGUGAUAUUAAAUUGUAGUCAAUUUUCUGUAAUAUUCUUUCGUUAUAAACAUCAAAGGAGUGUAAAAAUUUCUAAUGUAUUUUUAUAUGACUAACCCUAGUUUCCUGCGGCAAAUUAAACAAUUAAAUGUUUUAUCAAAAUUCUAUUUACAUUAUAUUAAUCAAACAAUGAGAAAAAAUGCUUUCAAUGAAGUAAAAACAAAAAUUCUACCGUGAAUAAAGUAAUUUUUGUGAAAAAUACAUUUUCGUAGUUUUCGUUUACAAAGUUCUCCUGCAGAAAUACCGAUACAUUGUCAUCUAAUUUUGUACAAAAAUAUCUUUUCUGUUAUCUAGCAACAUUAAGAUUUGCUGACAUUUCUCAAGGUGAAAAAUCUUUCAAUACAAAAAAAUUUUGGUUGCACAAAAAUACAUGAUUCUACAGCAAUACUGAGAAGAAGCUUUCCUUAUGUUAAAUUAAGUGUGACACACAGGUUUUUAGUGAGCUGUAAAUUAGUAUAGCUAAAAAUUACACACUUUAUUUCUUCUUUUUCCCAAGCUAUUGCCAUUUUAUUCAUUUUUUUUUUUUUAACAUAUACAUGCACAUUUUUUGACGUAUUUAUUUAGCAUUUUGACCUCAGGAAUUUAAACAUGUCAUUUAUCUUCAUCUAUUUUUACACCAGGCUGUAAAACUUUGUAAUUCAUCAUCGUAUAUGAAUGAUCAUUAUAUACAUUGUAUGUACUGUGUAUAUACAUUUAUGUAUAUAUAUAUAUACCAUACUGUACUUCAUCAGGAAAAGAAAAGUGCUAUUUAAGACCACACUCAAACUGGCGAUGUUUCAUUCAAGCUAUCAUAAAUAACAUAUGUCACAUGGAAAAUCAGUCUUAUUUUUUGGGAACAUUUGAAGUUGGUCUGGGAUCUUGACAUCCAUUUAAUGAUACCUAAAAAUCUAACUGUUUCAUAUUCAACUAGUUAAAGAGAAAUUUAAAACUUUGUUAUAUUUUUUGCUCAUUUUCUAAUGCUUAAAUUUAAAAUCUUUAUCAUUUCUUGGGUGUGAAAGAAUGAUUUUAGACUAUUUCACUUCUUCUUUUAUUUAGUUUCAAAAGAAGAAUGGAUGCUGUCUAUUUUCAUGGAAAAUGCUUACAUUUGUUACAAGCAUUUUACACAUAUGUCACAGAAAUAAAUCUUGAUAAUAGAUCUAACUUAGGUGAAAUGUACGUUGGUAAAAAGCAUAGGCAAAAGGAAUCAAAACUUAUUUAUGCGAGUUAUUUUUUUCUGUCGUUAAGGUAGUGUAGUGGCACUGACAAUUGACAUUUCGUUCUGUUGUGUAUAUUCUGUAUGUGAUUUCGGCAUUUUUCCGUUUAGAAAGGGAAAGAAAAAAAAUUGGCCAAAGGAUGCGGAAAUAGCAUACAGAGAUCACAUGGCAAUUGCUGGGUGUCUUUACUGGUUCACCGCCUUAAUUAGAAAAAAAAGUAACAAGUAACACGAUUGUAGGCUUUCACAGGAAUUAAUGAAAAUGCUUAAAGAUUGAAAGCAAACAGAAUAAGAUUAUAAGAACAAUGCUAAUGGAAUUCUUUUAGAAAUAUAAAUUGUUUCUAAAUCAUUUAACCUGCCAUUUUCAGCUCGGAUGACAAAAAAAAAAAAUGUUAAGCUGUUUUGUGUAAAGUUUUGAAUAGCAUUAAUAUUGUUAUGUAACUUUUUCCACCUAUUAUACUCACUUGUGUUACAACUUUGAUUUGUUGAUGAAAGUUAAAUUUUUUGCCAUAUUCUUGCAACAUAUCACAAACGCUGCAUCAACAAAAACUAGGACCUACCGGCAUACAGCCUGCCAAUAUCUUGUCAAUAUAUUGUCAGUACACAAGACGAUAAACCGAAUUAGAGACAAAUAGUCACUUGUUUUCUUAUGAUGAGUAAUUGCCAAGCAAGCGAUGAUUUAAUUGGACUAAUUAUUCAACCUGUCACUUGUGCUAUUGUGAAUGAGCACGUUGCCGUUAAUCGUCAACAUUGUAGGAAUAAAAAAGACAAGUACAAAGACUAUGAAUCAGCGCUUGUUUUCACUUUUUUCUCUCGCAUUUUUCUACCUUAUUAUGAGAAUAAUUAUAACUAUUGUUUAAGAACAAAAUGUAUUUAGACCAACUUUUGUUUUCGAGUCCUUUGGUUUAUUGUAUUGUGAAGAAAAGUGGACGUUUUCAUCUAUUGUCACAUUUUUCUCAUUUUACAAAUAGCAUUUCAGUUGGUUGGUAUGCAAAGUCACGCAUUUUCGCAUUUCAGACUAAUUUGCUGUAUUCACACUUCGUUUAAGUGGUCAGUUUAAAACAGUUUUGCAAAUUUCAUAAAUGAGUCAUUUGCCAAAAAGUUAGCAGUAGGUUUUCAAAGGCAUAAGUUUAUUGAAAAGUUCACAUUAUUUCGUGAAAUUAAAUAUACAUAAUCCCUCUCACCGCUACAACUUUUAUCUGAAAACAUUACUUUUAUGUUGAAUUAAAUUGAAUAGCAAGAAUACCAAAUAGAAAAUAGUUUUAGUAUAUAUACAUUAUAUAUACACCUGUAUAGUUUUGAAAAUGCAUUUAAAUGAAUUCUAUUUAUAUCUGGUCAGUUUCUAGUUGUUUUUGAUAGUUUCUAGCAAAAGUUAUGGCAUUUAGCUUUUAAAAAUGAGCCGUGCCAUGAGAAAACCAACAUAGUGGGUUUGCGACCAGCAUGGAUCCAGACCAGCCUGUGCAUCCACAUAGUCUGGUCAGGAUCAAUGCUGUUCGCUAACAGUUUCUCUAAUUGCUAUUGGCUUUUAAAGCGAACAGCAUGGAUCCUGACCAGACUGCGCGGAUGCACAGGCUGGUCUGGAUCCAUGCUGGUCGCAAACCCAUUAUGUUGGUUUUCUCAUGGUGCGGCUCAAAUAGUUUUUGAUCUUAAAAGAUGAUUGUUGAUUUUGUUGUUAUUCAGUUGUACUUUAUACCGUAGUUGUACAUAAAAACGAUGCUUUAUAGAAAUUAUGUUCAUUUAAAUACGUGUUUGUCAUUGUUAUUUAUUUUUCAUUUGUUCAUGAGAAAAAAUACACUAUAUAGAUAUUUUAAACUUUACUAUUUUCCAACUUUCGUAUUGCUGAAAUGAAGGCCUCAUGUAGUUCAAAUUUUUUUGUUUUGUUUUUUUCAUGCAGUUUGGCUAAUCUGUCUUUCUGCAGGUUAAAGUUUGGCUAAUUUUUCUUCAUGUACGUUAAAAGUUUGGCAAAAUUUUCUUCAUGCAGGUUCAGGGUUGGCUAAUAUUUCUUCGUGUAGGUUAAAUUAUUAUGAAAUUAUUCAAAUAUAGUUUUGUUACAAUGCUGCCAUUUUAUCAUUAUUAAUUAUUUGAGUAGCAAAAUGAAGUACUAUGUGUAUAAAGGUUUAAGCUUUUUAGCAACUUCUUAUUGGCUAAAUAAACAUGUCUGUAAACAACCAGAAUUGGCAAGAAGCUACAGUGGCAGAAUGGCAAAUUUCUUCAGCUAAAAUCUGUAUAGCGAUUAUAUUUUAAAUAGAUUUUUAUGAUCAAAAAUGGCUUAUGAUUUUUUUAACUUAAAGGUCCCUUUCUUGUCCCUUAUUUAUUGUAACAUUUCACAUUCUAAAUAAACCUAAAGAAGGUCUUUAUAAGACCGAAACCAGUCGUUUAAUUAAAUAAAUCAUUCAAACUACCCAGUAUGUUAUGUGUUGUCACCUCGUCUUCCAUUGGUUUUAUUCUAAAUGACAAUUGAAGUGAGAUUAUAUACCAAUAGAAAAAAAUUAAAACUCGUCUC